AGUUUCAACUGACGACCAAACAGCUGGUAAAAUAUAAGAUAUUGAUGUUGUUUGAACCAUCGUGAAAACAAGAUGACGGCGUUAUCAGCGAUGUUGGAUGAAUUGAUGGGAAAGAACAGAAACGCCGCACCGGAUGAUAAGACCAGUGAGAUACAUUUCAGUGACGAAGAGAUUUGCAAACACUUCUUGUGUGGUUUCUGCCCGGCCGAAUUAUUCACCAACACCAGGUCAGAUCUUGGUACGUGCAAUAAAGUUCAUGACGAAAAGACAAGACAAGCAUACCAAACAAGCCCCCGAUAUUUAAAAUGUGGGUACGAGGAAGAAUUUCUUCGAUUCCUCCAGCAAUGUUGGCAAGAUGUGGAACGUAGGAUUCGAAGGAAUCACCAACGUUUACAACUAUCCGAGGAAAAGAAUCAAAAAGCACAACAAGGGCCCUCUAGUGGAGCCGAGAACGACGAGAAGAUCUCUGUGUUAAACGAGCGGAUCACGGGGAUGUUGGAGAACAUCGAGAAGUUGGGAGGAGAGGGAGAGGUGGAGCAAGCGCAGUCGUUGAUGAAGUUGUGCGAUCAACUUAAAGAGGAAAGGGAGACAUUACAGAACCAACGUGGAGGGAUAAUGGACACUUUUGCCGUCCAAGAAAAACAAAUGGAAGUUUGCGAGGUUUGCGGGGCUUUCCUUAUCGUGGGCGACGCACAAACCAGAGUGGAUGAUCAUUUGAUGGGGAAACAGCACAUGGGAUACGCUAAGAUUAAAGCUACGAUAGCUGAGCUUAAGGAUAAAUUAUCCAAAGCAAGUUUCCAGAAUGUUCCUGAAAGAAAAAUAGAUUCACGAAAUGGGAAACGUUCAUCUUCACGUGAUCGUAAAGAUAGAAGAUCUCGUGAAAGAAGAUCACGUGAGAGGGGAUCACGUGAUCAUCGUGAUAGAUCAUCACGAACAUCACGUGAUCGUGAUCGGAGGCCUUCAUACAGAUCACGUGAUGAUGAUAAAAGAUCACGUGAUCGGAAGUCAUCUCGUGAUCGUGAUAGCAGGAGACGUCGAUCACGGGAAAGGACUGAUUCACGAAGAUCACGAGAUGAUAGGAGAGAUUCAGACCGUCAUAAAAGAUACCAUGUAACCAGGGACAGAUCUCGUAGUCGCGACAAAGAUCGUAAACGAAGUCGAAGAAGUGAUUCCCGUGAUAAGAAGGAGAGGAAGGAUAGAAGUAAAGACAGGAGCAAGGAGAAGGAGAAAGAUAAUAAAGAAACAAAGAAAGAGGAGAAACCAAAAGAGGAAGUUGAAACGACAGUGGAAGAAAAUGUUGCCAUGGAGACGGUGGGUGAAGAAAAAGGGGAUGAAGGGAUAGGAGAGAAUGGAGGGAAAAAGGAGGAGGAGAGAGUGGAGGAUGAAGAAGAGGAAAAAGUGGGAGGUGACGGAUCAGUUUAAAAAUAUGAGAAUCUGCAAAAGUUUUACCAAGCUGUACAAAGACCCCCACCCACCUAUUAAGAAUGUAAAGGUAUUUCUUGGACCAUCAACAAACAAUGUACAUAUGUUUAAUCUUGCGUUAGCUAUAUAUUUUCAAGUUUCCAAAGCAGAAGAUUUCAAGUUAGUCUCAAUCUUUUGCAAGACAAGAAUUUUCGAGGUGAAUUCCUAUAUUUUUGGAAUUUUUGCCGAUUUUGCUUUUUUCCGAAAAUUCUGAUUAUUAUUUAGCAGGAAGCAUCGAAAAAUAAAAUUUGUGAGUCGCUUGCGCUGUUUAGUAA